AUGUCUUUAUUACAAACUUCAUCAACAUUAUCGUAUGAAGAUGAUUUAUUUAAAAAAAUUAAACUUAAACAUUAUCGUACAAUACAUCGUACAUAUGAAGUUGAUGUUCAAAAUAAUCUAGUGAAUUUUAAUGAAGAACAAUUAUCAAAAAUUGAUAUUGAUCAUACAGAAUUAUUAACACCAGAUAUAGAUGAACUUCAACGACAAGAAAAUGCUCUUCUUCAAUAUAUUCAAUCACCAAAAAUAAAUGAUAAUAAGAAUAUUUCAUUUAUUAAUAAUCAUAGAAAAUUAUUUAAUCUAUGCGAUGUUUGUAAUGAUAAAGCAACAGGUAUGCAUUAUGGUCUUGCAACAUGUGAAGGUUGUAAAGGUUUUUUUAAACGAACAGUACAAAAUAAACGAAAAUAUCGUUGUAAUAAAAAUGGUUCAUGUAUUAUUGAUAAAUCUCACCGUAAUCGUUGUCAAUAUUGUCGUUUUCGAAAAUGUCUUAUUAAAGGUAUGGUUAUUGGAGCUGUUCGAUAUGAUCGAACACCUGGUGGUCGAACACCAGCUAAUGUCAUGCAACUAUAUAAAUAUAAAAAUGAAAAAAAUCAACAAAUGAAUAAAAUAUCAAAUGAUAAAUUUAAUGAAUUAUUUGAUUUAAAUUUAUUUUAUUGUUUUGAUCAAUUAUUAAUAUUAGAUAUAUUAUUUAAUCAUUUACGUCCAUUAAUAAAUCAUGAAAUAUUAUUAACACAUGAAUCAAUAAAAAAUAUUUGUUAUUUAUUAAUUGAUACAUUUAUUAAUUGGUAUUAUACAUUACCAAUUUAUUCAAUAAUAAAUAUUGAUUUAAAACAAUUUAUAUUUAAUGAUCAAUGGUUCAAUUAUAUAAUUUUACUUAUUUUUUAUUUUUUAAAAAUAAAUUAUAAUCAUAUAAAUUUGAUUUCAUAUACAAAAUGUCUUCAACGUUUAUUUAAUUAUACAGAAAAUAAAUUUUUAUCAUCAUUAUCAUAUCGAAUAUUUAAUCAAUUUUUUUAUUUUUUAUCAACAUUUUUUAAUAUAAAUAUAACAAAUACAGAAUUUAUUUUAUUAAGUAUUUUACUUAUUCUUUGUUCAAAUCAAACAAAUAAAAUAAAUUUUAAUUUAUUUGAAAAUAUUUAUAAAAUUUUAUAUACAUAUGAAAUGAAUACAUUUUUAUCUGAACAACCUGAUCGUUUUAAUCGAUUAUUAUAUUUCUCUGAACAAAUUCAAUUCAUAACACAAAUACUUCUUACAAAUCAACAUUUUCAUUUACCAUUUUUACUUUUUCCAAAUUAA